AGUGACAAUCGCAAAGGCUCGCGCUAGGCUCGUUUAUCGCCAUCCUCAAGAAAAAUGCCUAGGGCCCCGCGGAACCAUUCCAAGACUUACAAGGUCCCCCGUCGGCCUUUUGAAUCCGCCCGUCUCGAUGCCGAGCUAAAGCUCGCCGGCGAGUACGGUCUGCGCAACAAGCGCGAGAUCUGGCGUAUUGGUCUCAUCCUGUCCAAGAUUCGUCGUGCCGCUCGUGAACUUCUCAAGCUCGAUGACAAGGAUCCCAAGCGACUUUUCGAGGGUAACGCUCUUAUUCGACGACUCGUCCGUAUCGGUGUGCUCGACGAGUCUCGCAUGCGUCUCGAUUAUGUGCUGUCCCUCAAGAUUGAGGAUUUCUUGGAGCGUCGUCUCCAGACCCAGGUCUUCAAGAGCGGACUGGCAAAGAGCAUUCAUCACGCUCGUGUCCUGAUCAGGCAAAGACACAUCCGCGUUGGCAAGCAAAUUGUUAACGUACCAUCGUUUGUUGUCCGCCUCGAUUCCCAAAAGCACAUCGACUUUGCGCUCACUUCGCCGUACGGUGGAGGCCGCCCUGGUCGUGUCAAGCGCAAGCGUGCCGCUCAGGCCCAGAAGAAGGAGGAGGGCGAAGAGGAGGAAGAGGAGUAAAUGCUUUAGCCACCGUCGCCACCUUUUUAUGUCGGUUAUCUCAUGUGAGCUUCAUUUGUAUGGAUGCAUGUGCAGAAUGUAUGCCUCUCCCCAUGAUACGCAUCUUUGAAUGGUCAAGAUACGUGCUAGCUGUUGAGUAAGGAGUUCGCAGGUCCGUGUCCGACGUCCGAAAUCGCAAUGUGUUAUCUUCC